CCCACAUUUCUUCUCUCCAUCUUCUCGGUUUCGAUCUCCGGCACCGUUUAAUUUCAUCAGUUUCCUGGUUUCGCCGCUCUGAAACCCUCUCCUGAAUCUCUGGGUUUCUAGGGUUUCUGAGUUACUGCAACUGAGGAACGAUGUACAUUAAGGAGGUAUGUUUGGAGGGGUUCAAAUCUUACGCGACGAGGACUGUGGUCCCUGGUUUCGAUCCGUUUUUCAACGCGAUAACGGGUCUAAAUGGUUCUGGCAAAUCCAACAUACUGGACUCCAUUUGCUUCGUUUUGGGAAUUACCAAUUUGCAGCAGGUUCGUGCUUCGAAUCUUCAGGAGCUCGUGUACAAGCAAGGUCAAGCUGGAAUUACCAAGGCUACUGUCUCCAUUGUCUUUGAUAAUUCAGAUAGAAGCCGGAGCCCUCUAGGCUAUGAGGACCAUUCAGAGAUUACUGUGACUCGACAGAUUGUGGUUGGUGGAAGGAACAAAUAUCUGAUAAAUGGAAAACUAGCGCAGCCGAGUCAAGUACAGAACCUUUUUCAUUCAGUUCAGCUGAAUGUUAAUAACCCACAUUUUCUUAUAAUGCAAGGUCGCAUCACCAAGGUUCUAAACAUGAAACCCCCAGAAAUCUUGUCAAUGCUUGAAGAGGCUGCUGGGACGAGAAUGUAUGAGACUAAGAAAGACUCUGCUCUAAAAACACUUGAGAAAAAGCAGAGCAAGGUGGAUGAGAUUAACAAGCUUCUUGACCAAGAAAUACUGCCUGCUUUGGAAAAGUUAAGAAAAGAAAGAUUGCAGUACAUGCAAUGGGCCAACGGGAAUGCUGAGUUGGACCGACUUAAAAGGUUUUGUAUUGCUUAUGAAUACGUUCAAGCGGAGAGGAUUAGAGACAACGCAGUUGGUGAGGUGGAUCAAUUCAAGGCAAAGAUUACUGAAAUUGAUAAUGACACAGAAAAGACAAGAGCAGAUAUUCAGGAAAUGGAGGUAAAAGUUUCAAAGUUGACCGCUGAAAAGGAAGCCCAUAUGGGUGAUGAAGUAAACACUUUGUCCAAAAAUGUAGAUGCACUGUCUCAGGAUCUUGUUCGAGAAGUAUCAGCGCUCAAUAACAAGGAGGAUAAUCUCCAGGGUGAGAAAGAGAAUGCUGAAAAGAUGAUUCGCAAUAUUGAAGACCUGAAGCAGUCCAUAGAAGAGAGGGCCUGUGCAGUGAAAAAGUCUGAAGAAGGGGCAGCUGAUCUAAAAAAGAGAGUUGAGGAUCUUUCUAAGGAUUUGGAAAAACAUGAAAAGGACUACCAGGGUGUCCUAGCUGGAAAGAGCAGUGGGAAUGAGGAGAAGUGCCUUGAGGAUCAACUAGUGGAUGCUAAAGUUGCUGUUGGGUGUGCUGAAACAGAAUUGAAGCAGCUGCAGACAAAAAUUAGCCAUUGUGAAAAGGAGCUUGGAGAGAAAACUGAUCAGUUAAAGUCAAAACAUGAAGAAGCUGUUUCUGUGGAGCGUGAGCUCAAAGCUAGAAGAAAAGAUGUGGAAAAUGUUAAAACGGAAUUGGAAUCUCUUCCAUAUAAAGAUGGUCAGAUGGAAGCAUUUCAAAAGGAUCGUGCAUCUGAGUUGGAGUUGGUCCAGAAGUUGAAAGAUGAAAUUCGGAAUCUUUCAGCCCAAUUGGCAAAUGUUCAGUUCAACUAUCGUGAUCCUGUGAAAAAUUUUGAUAAGUCAAAGGUGAAGGGUGUGGUUGCAAAACUAAUAAAAGUGAAGGAUAGCUCCACAAUGACAGCGUUAGAGGUUACUGCUGGUGGAAAGUUAUUUAAUGUUGUUGUAGACACUGAAAAUACGGGAAAACAACUGCUUCAGAAUGGUGGUCUUCAAAGAAGAGUAACAAUCAUACCUUUGAACAAAAUCCAACCCAAUACUGUUUCCCAUAGGGUUCAACAGGCUGCUAUUAGAUUGGUUGGCAAGGAGAAUGCACAAUUGGCUCUUUCUUUGGUUGGUUAUAGUGAGGAAUUGAAAAGCGCUAUGGAGUAUGUAUUUGGUUCAACCUUUGUUUGUAAAAACAUUGAUGCUGCAAAGGAGGUCGCUUUUCAUCGGGAAAUCCAUACUCCAAGUGUCACCCUUGAAGGUGAUAUAUUUCAACCAAGUGGUCUUUUGACUGGUGGAAGCCGCAAGGGUGGGGGUGAUUUGUUAAGGCAACUUCAUAAAUUGGCUGAGGCUGAAUUAAACCUUUCAGUGCAUCAGAAAAGGUUAUCUGACAUUGAAGCAAAGAUGGCAGAGCUGCUGCCUGUUCAGAAGAGGUUUCUGGAACUUAAAGCACAGUUAGAACUAAAAAUGUAUGACCUUUCGUUAUUUCAAGGCAGGGCUGAGCAAAACGAGCAUCAUAAGCUGGCUGAAAUGGUAAAGAGGUAUCAGCAAGAGCUUGAAGAAGCAAAAUUAGAAAUUAUAGAAAAGCAACACUUUUAUGAGAAGUGUGUCAGUGCAGUUUCAACCCUUGAGAAAUCUAUCAGGGAUCAUGAUAAUAAUAGAGAGGGCAGGCUUAAAGAUUUGGAGGGGAAAAUUAAAGGUAUAAAAGCUCAAAUGCAAUCAGCUUCCAAAGAUCUCAAGGGGCAUGAAAGUGAAAAAGAGAGGCUUGUCAUGGAAAUGGAAGCAGUUGUAAAGGAACAUGCAUCUUUGGAAAGCCAGUUGGGUUCUUUGAGAUCCCAAAUUGACAGUCUUAAUUUGGAAGUGGAAGAACAAAGGGUCAAGGUUAAUUCCAAGAAGAAAUAUCAUGAGCAGGCUGAAUCAGAACUCAAUACUAUCCGCUUAAAGAUGAAGGAAUGUGAUUCUGAAAUUAGUAGCAUUCUUAAGGAACAGCAAAAACUUCAGCAUAGGCUUAGUGAGACCAAGCUUGAGAAGAAGAAGUUGGAAAAUGAGGUCAGACGAAUGGAGAUGGAGCAGAAAGAUUGCUCUACUAGGGUUGAAAAACUAAUUGAGAAGCAUGCCUGGAUUGCAUCUGAGAAGCAGCUUUUUGGCAGAAGUGGGACGGAUUAUGAUUUUGCAUCUCGUGAUCCUUUAAAAGCAAGGGAAGAACUAGAGAAACUGCAAGCUGAACAAUCGAGCCUUGAGAAAAGGGUGAACAAGAAAGUUAUGGCAAUGUUUGAGAAAGCAGAAGAUGAGUAUAAUGAUUUGAUGUCCAAGAAAAACAUUAUUGAGAAUGACAAGACUAAAAUUAAGAAGGUGAUUGAAGAACUAGACGAGAAGAAGAAGGAAACACUAAAAGUUACUUGGACUAAAGUUAACAGUGAUUUUGGGUCCAUCUUUUCUACCUUAUUGCCGGGCACCAUGGCAAAGCUAGAACCCCCAGAAGGUUGCAGUUUUUUAGAUGGUCUUGAGGUCCGAGUUGCAUUUGGAAGUGUUUGGAAACAAUCCUUGUCUGAGCUGAGUGGAGGUCAAAGAUCUUUACUUGCUCUUUCUUUAAUCUUGGCUUUGCUGCUGUUUAAGCCAGCUCCACUUUAUAUCCUGGAUGAGGUGGAUGCAGCUCUUGAUCUAAGUCACACACAAAACAUUGGGAGAAUGAUUAAAGCUCACUUUCCUCACUCUCAGUUUAUUGUUGUUUCACUUAAGGAGGGCAUGUUUAACAAUGCAAAUGUUCUUUUCCGAACAAAAUUCGUGGAUGGUGUUUCCACAGUCCAGAGGACUGUUGCAGCCAAGCAGAGCAAGUGAUUUCUGUCAUGUCCAUACACAAAAGUAGGCCAACAUAACUAAAGUCUAAAAGUUGCAGCGACGAAGAGUUUCCCAUUUUCCAGAUGGUUGUUACCAGAGUGUUGCCAUUUUCCCAUAUCCCAUUAUCUGUACGUAAUGUGUUGAAAAUUAUGUAGAUUAUGACUUCCCAUGUGCGUUUCUAUAGAAAUCCCUGACCUUGAAUGUAUGUAAUUGGGAAGUUUUAAGUCUUACCUUGGCAUUCGACAUGCUUCUUCAGUACAUUGGGGGUCAAAGUUGAAUUUGUG